AUGCGCUUCCAAAUCUCACUUCUCACACUGAUCUAUGUGGCUCUGUUUGGAAGUCUCAGCCAUGCAUUUAUCGGUCCAACCUGUAUGAAAAUUUCAGACGCGCUUGGCGACAGACCUGCCGAAGUCUACAAGCUGUUCUAUAAGGAGGUCUGCCAGGAAGGAUGUCAGCCGGAUAUAACCCAUAUUGAUAGAUGGGCACGCCAAAAUGUCAUCAAACCUCUCGUUGCAGAGACCACGAAAAAAUUAGGAGUACCGCAGCAGAGGAAGACAAUUGAGAACCUGGUACAAGCUGUUGUGCAGGCAACCAAGCAAGACUGUGUCAAAAAACUGGGCAGUUCGCACCUUUGCCAGAGUCCAGAGAAACUCGAAGCAUUCGGUCAAUGCCUCAAGGGCAGCCUUACAACAGUUCUCAUGUCUAGAGUGGGGGAGUUAGGACCCCUGCUAACAGAACCAAUGUGCCAGAAGGCAUAUGAUUACCUUCGGAAACAUGACUUGUGGGUAGAAGUUAUACCUAGGUACUUCAAGAAGUACGCCAAGUUAUUCAAAAAUAAAUGGUAUAAGGCUAUUUAA